GCGGCGCUCAACACGUGGGGGCGGUACCGGUCCGAUGGUCCAGCGUCCUCUCAGUUUGUGGGAACUGAAGCUGGUUACGGACACCACUGAGAACUGGUGACGGGGCGCAGGGGCUGGAGAGAGGCUGCGGAGUCUGGGGACCCGCGGAGCGUCAUGGAGGGUUCUGGGGAGCAGUCGGGCCCGCAGCCACAGCAUCCCAGGGACCACCGCAUCCACGACGGCGACUUCGUGGUGCUGAAACGGGAAGAGGUAUUCAAAGCAGUGCAAGUUCAGCGAAGAAAAAAAGUAACCUUUGAAAAACAGUGGUUCUAUCUGGAUAACGUCAUUGGCCAUAGUUACGGAACCACAUUUGAAGUGACCAGUGGAGGAAGUCUCCAGCCUAUGAAGAAAAAGGAAGAGCCUCCUUCAGAGACCAAAGAAGCGGGCACUGAUAAUCGAAAUAUAGUUGAUGAUGGGAAAUCUCAGAAACUUACUCAAGAUGACAUAAAAGCUUUAAAGGACAAGGGCAUUAAAGGAGAGGAAAUAGUUCAGCAAUUAAUUGAAAAUAGCACAACAUUCCGAGACAAGACAGAAUUUGCUCAAGAUAAAUAUAUAAAAAAGAAGAAAAAGAAAUACGAAGCCAUCAUUACUGUUGUGAAGCCAUCCACCCGCAUUCUUUCGAUUAUGUAUUAUGCCAGGGAACCUGGAAAAAUUAACCACAUGAGAUAUGAUACCCUAGCCCAGAUGUUGACAUUGGGGAAUAUUCGUGCUGGCAAUAAAAUGAUAGUGAUGGAAACGUGUGCAGGCUUAGUGCUGGGUGCAAUGAUGGAACGAAUGGGAGGGUUUGGUUCCAUUAUUCAGCUGUACCCUGGAGGUGGACCAGUUCGGGCAGCCACAGCAUGUUUUGGAUUUCCCAAAUCUUUCCUCAGUGGUCUUUAUGAAUUCCCCCUCAACAAAGUGGGCAGUCUUUUAAAUGGAACAUUCUCUGCCGAGAUGUUGUCUUCGGAGCCAAAAGACAGUGCUUCAGUUGAAGAGAGUAAUGACACACUGGAGGAAAAACAGACUUCAGAGCAGGAGAAUGAGGACAGCACGGCGGAGGCCCCAGAGUGCAACCACCCCAAAGAACAGGAAACAGUGCAAAUUAUCUCUCCAGAUCCAGCCUAUAAGGAGCCUAAAGAGAGAGGAAGCAAAAGGGAUUAUAGUCAGGAAAAGCAGAGGAGACAAGAAGAGCAGAGGAAAAGACAUUUAGAGGCUGCUGCUCUGCUGAGUGAAAGGAACGCAGAUGGUUUAAUUGUAGCCAGUCGUUUCCAUCCCACUCCACUGCUGCUGUCUUUGCUGGAUUUUGUGGCCCCUUCAAGGCCAUUUGUGGUCUACUGUCAGUAUAAAGAGCCUCUGCUGGAAUGCUACACAAAACUGCGGGAGAGAGGAGGGGUCAUCAACCUCCGACUGUCUGAAACCUGGCUCAGGAAUUACCAGGUUUUGCCAGAUCGAAGCCAUCCCAAACUACUGAUGAGUGGAGGUGGGGGGUACCUUCUCUCAGGCUUCACUGUUGCCAUGGAAAACCUUAAAGCAGACCCCAGUCUCAAAUCCAACUCGAGCACUUUAGAGUCACACGAGACCGAAGAGCCAGCAGCUAAAAAAUGCAAAUACCUGGAGUCUGACUCUUAACCUUUCAAAAGUUGCUUUGAUAUUUGUUCUCAGGCAUUGUACAGUUAGUAAUUAAAUUUUAGAUGUCAUUA